GAAAAAAACGUUAAAGCGGUAUAGUCUAUACACAGUCCUAUAGACGUUGCUUCAACACGCUCUCUCUCUCUCUGGCCUUCAACGGCUUUCUCUCUGCACCAAUGUUAAAACCCUAGAGUUUUUUCUCUGGAAAAUGAUUUGCCUAGAAAAUUCCCAAUUGUGAAUAGCAGAUUCACCCAAAAAUCUCACUUGUAAAACGGUAAAUAAAGAAUUUUUUUAGUGCAGUGAUAACUCGGAGACCGCAAUGGCAGAGGUCGAUCUAACGAAGAAAGUGGCCGAUAGAUAUCUGAAGCGCGAGGUCCUCGGUGAAGGUACCUACGGAGUCGUCUACAAAGCCAUUGAUACUCAGACAGGACAGACAGUUGCUAUUAAAAAAAUUCGGCUUGGGAAGCAAAAGGAAGGGGUGAAUUUUACAGCACUUAGAGAAAUUAAACUGUUAAAAGAGCUGAAAGAUCCAAAUAUAAUUGAGUUGAUUGAUGCAUUCCCCCAUAAAGGAAACUUGCAUCUAGUAUUUGAGUUCAUGGAGACAGACCUUGAAGCUGUUAUACGUGACCGAAAUAUAUUCCUAUCACCAGCUGACAUAAAGUCAUAUCUUCAGAUGACUUUAAAAGGACUUGCUUUUUGCCACAAGAAAUGGGUUUUACACAGGGAUAUGAAGCCUAACAACUUGUUGAUAGGACCUAACGGACAGCUUAAACUUGCAGAUUUUGGUUUAGCACGAGUAUUUGGGAGCCCAGAUCGCAGGUUCACUCACCAGGUCUUUGCUAGAUGGUAUAGAGCACCAGAGCUGUUGUUUGGCACCAAGCAAUAUGGGUCUGGGGUGGAUGUUUGGGCUGCAGCUUGUAUAUUCGCUGAACUUCUCCUACGCAGACCAUUUUUGCAGGGAUCAAGUGAUAUUGAUCAACUAGGUAAAAUUUUUGCGGCUUUUGGGACUCCAACGCCUUCUCAAUGGCCUGAUAUGGUAUUUCUUCCUGAUUAUGUGGAAUACCAAUAUGUUCCAGCACCCCCUUUGCGGUCGUUGUUUCCAGUGGCUAGUGAUGAUGCCCUGGAUUUGUUAGCGAAGAUGUUUACUUAUGACCCAAAAGUUAGGAUAUCCGUGCAGCAGGCAUUAGAGCACAGGUACUUUACAUCUGCGCCUCUGCCUACUUAUCCAGAUAAACUUCCUAGACCUGCUCCAAAGCGAGAAUCUGUCAAUUCUAAGGUUUCAGAUUUUAAUCCAAAUGAUGGUCCUACUGUGUUAUCACCUCCACGAAAGUCAAGGAGAGUGAUGCCAGAUCGUGAGGGUUUUGAAGGAAAUGCAUACCAAGGUGAUAGGAUUGAUGAUCGUGUUGGUGAAACCAGACAGGGAGCAAAACCUCCAAAUAGACCUACAAUUACUAGUGCUGACAGAACGCAUCUAAAGAGGAAACUAGAUCUUGAAUUCCAACAGCCUGAAUAAGCACAUUUCAUAUACAGAAUCAUAUAUAUUAUUUGUUUGAGAGGUGUAAGAUUGAUGUUCCCACACUAAUGAGGGAGGAGACAGUAUUCAGUGAAGUCGAAGAUAAACACGAUGCAGAAUUAUGUUUGGGGGCUUAAAAAUAAUUGUAAUAAACAUGAAACAGAGAAUUUGUACCAUGGCCCAUGUAAGGCUAAAUUUUGAGGGC